CCAUUGGUUGAACAUGCGGAGCAUCAUGGAGGAGCUGGUGAGGAGGAACCACUCGGUCACUGUUUUAGUCGCCGAUGCGUCGCCAUCCGUCAACUACAAUAGCAGCCGCGAUGCCACCAAGUUCAACUUCCUGGUUUUCAAGGUCCCGUUCAGAUGGUUCUGGAUUAAUGUGUCUCCGGUCUCUUCAGGUCCCUUUCUUCAGAACGUUCUGGACUAACAUGUCUUUGGUCUCUUCAGGUCCCGUUCAGACGGUUCUGGAUUAAUGUGUCUCCGGUCUCUUCAGGUCCCUUUCUUCAGAACGUUCUGGACUAACAUGUCUUUGGUCUCUUCAGGUCCCGUUCAGAUGGACUUGGAUUAACGUGUCUCUGGUCUCUUCAGGUCCCGUUCAGCAGGGCCGACGUUGACGGUCUCACUCAGGACUUCAUUAACUUCUCCAUGUACGAGUCUCACGUUUCUUCGCCGCUGCAGAAGUUUCUGAAGAUGGGUGAUUGGAUGCGGCGCUCGGUGGACUACGGGAUGCGGCAGUGUGACUCCAUGUUGAAGAACCAGCAGCUGAUGGCGACGCUGCGGGGCGCGGCCUUCGACGCCGUCCUGCUCGACCCCAUGGUGAUGUGCGCCGACCUGGUGGCCGACGUGCUCGGCCUGCCGUUCGUCGUCUCGCUUCGCUUCUCUUUCGGCGGCGUCAUGGAGCGACACUGUGGCCACGCCCCCGCACCACCGUCCUACGUGCCGGCGGCUCCGCUGCCGUACGGCGACCACAUGACGUUUGUGGAGAGGCUGACCAGCGCGGUGACGUACGCCUGGCUGUCGGUGGUGACCGAGGUGUUCUGGAGUCUUUCGCUGGAUAGCUACUACAGCGAGGUCAAAGGAAGUCCCAGCAGCUUCUGCAGGACUCUGGGAAAUGCUGAUGUCUGGCUCAUCAGGACCUUCUGGGAUCUGGAGACGCCACGACCGUUCCCGCCCAACUUCAAACACGUGGGCGGUCUGCACUGCAAACCAGCCAAUCAGCUUCCAGAGGACCUGGAGGCGUUCGUGCAGAGCUCGGGCGAUGCCGGUGUGGUGGUGGUCUCCUUCGGCUCUAUGGUAACUAACCUGACAACAGAGCGUGCUGAUGUCAUCGCCGCUGCCUUCGGACGAAUCCCACAAAAGGUGAUCUGGAGGUACAGCGGAGACACGCCCAGAACUCUGGCAGCCAACACCAAGCUUUCUGAUUGGAUCCCUCAGAACGACCUGCUGGGUCACCCAAAGACCCGAGUGUUUGUGACGCACGGCGGCACCAACGGUCUGUACGAGGCCGUGUAUCACGCCGUGCCGCUGGUCGGAAUUCCGCUCUUUGCCGAUCAGCCCGAUAAUCUCGCCCGUCUGAGCCGCCGCGGCGCCGCCAUCGUCCUCGACUUCAACCAUCUGACAUCCGACGAGCUGACGGAGGCGCUGCACGCCGCCAUCAACCAGCCGAGCUACAAGUCCAGCAUGCAGCAUCUGUCGGCGUUGCACCGCGACCAGCCAGUGGCGCCGCUGAGCACCGCCGCCUUCUGGGUGGAGUUUGUGAUGAGACACGGAGGAGCGAGACACCUACGGCUGGCGUCACAUGAGCUGAACUGGUUCCAGUACCACAGCGUGGACACCGGCGCCGCCCUGCUGGCCGCCAUAGCGACCGCUGCCGCCCUCUGCUGGGGGGGCGUCCGCUUCUUCCUGCGACGCUGCAGCCAACGACGGCGGAGAGAGAAGAACGACUGAAGAGACGACAAUUGUUUUAAAAUUCUAAACCUGCUGAGUUCCUUCAGAAACUUGGUACCGAGAAGACCUGAAGGCAAAGGGGGUCACACCCCAGAUCUGAUCCAGAUUAAGCUUCUGUUCACUCUGUAUUUUGAUCAAUACAAUCUCUUAUCACGUCUGCCUGAAAGAGCCCGCGCUCACUUUAAUCCCGUCUUUGUAUGUAUUGUGCUCCGUUUAACGAGUCUAAUUCACAGAUUAUCUCCUGGCCUGGUGUCUGAAAACAGUUCGUACUCAGCCUGAAACAAACAGGUCCAGCCGUGUGUGUGUGAGACUUCAUCUGAUUAAGGGUUAUUCUCAUGAAAUAUAUUGUGAAACUGAAAUCUGUCACAUUAAAAUCAGCUGACUGUAAGAAUCUGAACAAACAAACCAAGUCUGAUUUCAGAUUUUAUUUUUUAUUUGUACAAAAACAGAGAAGCUCCACCCCCUCUGUUCAGAAACAGGAAACGAAUAAAGUUUUGUUGUUUUAACACUGA